CUCUUUGAAGAGUGGGGGACAUGGCAACUAUGUGAUUGUGGAUUGAUGACUUAAGGGAGCGGUUGAUGGCUUUGAUGAUUUGCAUUGGAGGUCACUCGUGGGGAACGGGAAUAAUUACAACUACAAGCUAAUGCUAUGACAAGAACACGUUGAAGGAGACGAGGAGAGGAGGGUUCUUCCAAGUUGCAAGGAGCGAAGAAUAGAAUGAAGAUAGUGAGUUACAACGUGAACGGUCUGAGACAGCGCAUAGCGCAGUUCGGGUCUCUCCGGAACCUGCUAAAUUCAUUCGACGCCGACAUCAUUUGUUUUCAGGAGACGAAACUGCGGAGGCAGGAAGUCACAGCGGAUUUGGUCAUGGCUGACGGAUACGAAUCGUUCUUUUCAUGCACCCGCACCUCCCAGAAGGGCCGAACCGGCUAUUCCGGUGUCAUUACAUUUUGUCGUGUAAAGUCUGCAUUUUCGAGUAAUGAAGUGGUGUUGCCGCUGGCAGCAGAGGAAGGGUUUACUGGUCUUUUGGGAAACUCUCAAACUAGCAACGACAAAUUGCCAUUCUUGAUGGAAGAUCUUGAGGAAUUUUCAAAAGAUGAGCUUCUAAGUCUUGAUAGUGAGGGGCGCUGCAUAAUCACAGAUCACACUCACUUUGUUCUUUUCAAUUUGUAUGGGCCCCGAGCUGGAGGUGAUGACACAGAAAGGAUUCAGUUUAAACAAAAAUUUUACAGGAUAUUACAGAAAAGAUGGGAGUCUCUCCUGCAUCAAGGAAGGAGAAUAUUUGUUGUUGGUGAUCUCAAUAUUGCACCAUUUGCAAUUGAUCGAUGUGAUGCCGGACCUGAUUUUGAAAAUAACGAGUUUAGAAAAUGGUUCAAAUCAAUGUUAAUUGAAAAUGGGGGUCGAUUUUCUGAUGUCUUCAGAGCAAAACAUCCUGAUAGAAGGGAAGCAUACACCUGUUGGUCACAAAAUACAGGUGCUGAAGUAUUUAACUUUGGGAGUAGAAUUGACCAUAUUCUAUUUGCUGGUUCAUGCUUACAUGAAUUGGAUGACCUGCAAUGCCAUAGUUUUAUAAGAUGCCAUGUCAAGGAAUGUGAUAUUCUGACACAGUAUAAACGGUGUAAGCCAGAAAGCACACUGAGUGCCCAUAGGUGGAAGGGAGGGCAUAGCGUUAAACUGGAAGGAUCUGAUCAUGCUCCAGUUUUAAUGUCUUUACAUGAAAUUCCUGAUGUCUCUCUGCACAGUACUCCUUCCUUAUCUGCUAGAUAUGUUCCCAUGGUUCACGGCAUACAGCAAACUCUAGUGUCAGUGUUGAUGAAAAGACAAGUUUCUGAACUAAUGAAAUCAUGUGAGAUGGCACAAGAAGACAUUGCAAUGGAUGGUACUUGUGAGAGAGAAGAACCAGUGAACAGAGCUGGUUCAUCCACAAGAAGUCCAAAUGAAUGUCAUUUUCCUCCAAGCCAGGAUUUUGAAGUUAGUAGCAUUUUGAAACCAAACAAACUUUCUGGAGGUUCUUCUCAGGAGUCUGUUUCUAAAUCAGGAAGUGAAAAUAAAAAAUCAACAACCAGGCAAUGUAACAGAUCCAACAAAAAAGCUAGAAAUGGUCAAUGGUCCCAGCUCUCACUUCGGUCAUUUUUUCAGAAAAGUACAAAUCUUGACAAAGGUAGUUCCAUAAAAGAAGUAGUCAAUGACUCAUGUACUGAUUACUCAAAUAAUAAUCAGGCAGAACCCUCUCAACCAAGCCCUCGUUUACAGGAAAUUCCAACAGUAUGUGCUCAUAAUGGCAGUCCCAAGCAAUAUGAGUUGGAUACUGAUACAUGUGAUCCGGAUUUAGCUGGACCAAAUGGUAGUUCCACAAAAGAAGAAAAAAGUAAUGUGGCUUCACUAGAGUGGCAACGAAUAAAACAGUUGAUGCAGAACAGUAUACCUAUUUGCAAGGGCCAUAAGGAACCUUGUAUUGCUCGGGUGGUGAAGAAACAAGGACCUAAUUUUGGCCGCAGAUUCUAUGUUUGUGCCCGUGCUGAGGGCCCUGCAUCUAAUCCGGAAGCAAACUGCGGUUACUUCAAAUGGGCUUCUUCAAAGUCUAGGAAUAAAUAAUGGGAGAGAAUGACAUUUUAAUCAAAGAAUGAUUAAUUUGCCCUCCUCAUCCAAGUUUCUUUCAUAAUGACAAUAUGGAGCUGAAAUACCAGUUUUGAAUGGUUAUUAGCAUUACUAACUUCCCCAAAGGAGCUGGCCUCUCAUAGUCUUUACCCACCCUUUUGACAAAUAUCCUUGUAGCUUCCUGCUACAAUUAUGAAUUUUUUUGUUUGGCACAUUCAGUUGUUGCCAUCAUAUAUGUAAAAGAGGAGUGCUAGCAACACACAAUUUUUUAUUGGUCAACGUUUAUUAAAAAUUAUAAAAUGGUGAGUGAGGUUUAUUAAAUAAGUGGAACCCUCAUAAUUUUAUGAUUUUCAACAAAUUUUGACAGUAAAAAGUGUGUUAAAAGGUGUGCUAACAUUUCUCUAUGUAAAAUAGUAGGCAUGUUUCUCCAUAGAGGAGAAUAAUUAAAGUGUAAACUUAAACGAAUUGGAUAAAAAGUUAGUCCUGCUGUCACUGUUCCUUCUCAGCAUGUUUGGUCUGAGAUGUGCUCCAACAAGUGAGGGUUGUACUUAGUGUGAGAUUAAGUUCCCUUUUCCCCAUAUUUUCUUUUGGCUAAGAGCUUAAAUACCUUUAAAGGGAAAAUAGCCAUUUGAAGUGUCAGAAUUUUGUUAAUUAUGUGGGUCUGCAUGAUUAUGCAUAGAUGGUAAAGGCCACAUGAAGAAAGCUGUCACAUUAUUACCGUGCUACA